CCGCCCGCCUCAGCCCGGCCUCGGCGCUUCCCGCUCGGGCCCUGCCCGCCGGGCCGCCCGCCGCUCUCAGCCCGGGCCGGACGCCGCUUCCACUGCUCCGGAUCCGCAUCUUGUCCGCGUUCCGUUCCCCGCCGCCUCUCCCCGUGGAGCUCUGCCCGCCUUUUGUCGGCCGGACCCGGAGCAGCGCUUCUCUCCGUCGUUCCCCGCUCCUCGGCACUCCGCCUCCGUGGCCAUGAGGAUCUGGUCGGAGCGCUGAGCAGCGGGACGAGGAGCUCUCCUGGCGCGUCCGCGUGGGGCCGCCACCCUCCUUCCCGUUCCCCCCGUGAGGGGGCCCGGCCCCCGGCCGCCUUCACGCUCCCUCGGCCUUCGCGAAGCGGCGCGGUGGCCGCGGUGCCGGCGGCACGAUGACUGACACCCGGCGCAGGGUGAAGGUUUACACGCUGAACGAGGAUCGGCAAUGGGACGACAGGGGCACCGGGCACGUCUCCUCCUGCUACGUGGAGCGCCUCAAGGGCAUGUCCCUGCUAGUCAGGGCGGAGAGCGAUGGUUCUCUUCUUUUGGAGUCCAAAAUUAACCCGAAUACAGCGUACCAGAAGCAACAGGAUACCUUGAUUGUGUGGUCUGAAGCAGAGAACUAUGACUUAGCACUGAGUUUUCAAGAAAAAGCUGGCUGUGAUGAAAUAUGGGAAAAGAUCUGUCAGGUUCAAGGCAAAGACCCCUCUGUCGAUAUUACUCAGGACCUUGUCGAUGAGUCUGAGGAAGAACGUUUUGAUGACAUGUCAUCCCCGGGUCUUGAAUUACCAUCUUGUGAAUUAAGUCGACUAGAAGAAAUUGCAGAACUUGUGGCGUCUUCACUGCCUUCACCGUUACGCCGUGAAAAGCUGGCGCUAGCACUGGAAAAUGAGGGCUACAUUAAGAAGCUCUUAGAAAUUUUUCACGUGUGUGAAGACUUGGAGAACAUUGAAGGACUACACCACUUAUAUGAAAUUAUCAAGGGAAUCUUCCUUUUGAACAGAACUGCACUUUUCGAAGUCAUGUUUUCCGAGGAAUGUAUAAUGGACGUAAUUGGAUGCCUAGAAUAUGAUCCGUCUUUAUCACAGUCACGAAAACACAGGGAAUUUCUGACUAAAACAGCAAAAUUUAAAGAGGUGAUUCCUAUAUCUGAUCCAGAAUUGAAGCAAAAAAUACAUCAGACAUACAGAGUGCAGUAUAUUCAAGAUAUGGUCCUACCCACUCCCUCAGUUUUUGAGGAAAAUAUGCUAUCAACGCUUCAUUCUUUCAUCUUUUUUAAUAAAGUGGAAAUAGUUGGUAUGUUACAGGAAGAUGAAAAAUUUCUGACAGACUUUUUUGCACAACUAACAGAUGAAGCUACAGAUGAUGACAAACGAUGUGAAUUGGUAAAUUUUCUGAAAGAGUUUUGUGCAUUCUCUCAAACACUGCAACCUCAAAACCGAGAUGCGUUUUUCAAAACCCUAUCAAAUAUGGGCAUACUGCCGGCACUAGAAGUCAUACUGGGUAUGGAUGAUGCACAAGUACGAAGUGCAGCCACAGAUAUAUUCUCAUAUUUAGUUGAAUACAACCCAUCCAUGGUACGAGAGUUUGUCAUGCAGGAAGCUCAGCAGAAUGAUGAUGAUAUACUACUCAUCAACCUCAUAAUAGAGCACAUGAUUUGUGACACAGAUCCAGAACUUGGAGGGGCAGUGCUACUAAUGGGUUUGCUUCGUACCUUAGUUGAUCCAGAAAAUAUGCUCGCCACUGCCAAUAAAACGGAAAAGACAGAGUUCUUGGGUUUCUUCUACAAACACUGUAUGCAUGUUCUGACAGCCCCUUUAUUGGCCAAUACUACAGAGGACAAGCCUAGCAAAGAUGAUUUUCAGACAGCCCAACUCUUGGCAUUAAUACUGGAAUUGCUAACUUUCUGUGUAGAACAUCAUACUUACCACAUAAAGAACUACAUCAUCAACAAAGAUAUCCUGCGAAGGGUGCUUGUUCUCAUGGCCUCAAAGCAUGCUUUCUUGGCACUGUGUGCCCUUCGUUUCAAGAGAAAAAUAAUUGGACUAAAGGAUGAAUUCUACAACCGCUACAUAAUGAAAAGUUUUUUGUUUGAACCUGUGGUCAAAGCAUUUCUGAAUAAUGGUUCCCGUUAUAAUUUGAUGAACUCUGCCAUAAUAGAGAUGUUUGAGUUUAUCAGAGUGGAAGAUAUAAAAUCUUUAACGGCUCAUGUGAUUGAAAAUUAUUGGAAAGCACUGGAAGACGUAGAUUAUGUGCAGACAUUCAAAGGACUGAAACUACGAUUUGAGCAACAAAGGGAAAGACAAGAUAAUCCAAAACUUGAUAGUAUGCGCUCCAUUUUGAGAAACCACAGAUACAGGAGGGAUGCAAGAACCCUGGAGGAUGAGGAGGAAAUGUGGUUUAAUACUGAUGAAGAUGAUAUGGAAGAUGGAGAGGCAGUGGUACCCCCUUCUGACAAAACUAAAAAUGAUGAAGAUAUUAUGGACCCUAUAAGUAAAUUCAUGGAGAGGAAAAAAUUAAAAGAGAGUGAAGAAAAGGAAGUUCUUCUGAAAACAAACCUUUCAGGUCGUCAGAGCCCAAGUUUCAAGCUUUCCUUUUCCAGCGGGACAAAAUCUAAUCUUAGCAGUCAGUCAUCUGCAAGUAAUCUGCCUGGAUCCCCAGGUUCUCCCGGAUCUCCAGGAUCCCCUGGGUCUCCGGGGUCCGUUUCUAAAAGCACAUCUCAGAUGGCAGCUAUUACAACUAAGGGAGGCCUCGUUGGGCUUGUGGAUUAUCCUGAUGAUGAUGAAGAGGAUGAUGAAGAUGAAGAUAAGGAGGAAACUUUACCUUUGUCAAAGAAAGCAAAGCUUGAGUCAUCAUAAUGGCAACUGCUGAAGAACAUUACCAUUUGGGGGAAGGAUAUUUUUUCCAUAGAAAACAAACCCACAACAAAGCAGCAAUCUUUUGUGAAUUACUGUGUGUAACACAGACCAACCUAUACAAAUGGAUUUCUGCCAAUCAAGUGCCAAUUGAAAGGAGCAGAAGAAGGGGAAAUACUUCGUUUAGGGGAAAGACUUACGCCUUUGAGCUCUCCAGCUUGGACCACGUGUUGCCCUUUUCUCAGGGAAGGAAAUGGAAAACAAAAACAAAAAAGCCAACAGGGCAGGAGUUUUGUUAGUGGAACUCUGGAUUGGCUGGUCAGUUGCUACAAUCAGAGUAUGCUUUCUUGGACCAUACAUGAGACUUCUGAAGAAAAGGCGGUUUUUGCCAUAAUUCUUCACUAGUUAAGAAUGCCAGCAGUUUCUUUGUAUAAAAGAGACCUGCCUUUGAAAAUCGUACAUUCUGAACAUUUUAGUCAAGCUACAACAGGUUUUAAAAACCUCUGUGGGGGAGGGGCUGAAUAUCAAGUUUCCUUUUUUUCCUGUUUUUUUUUUUUUUUUUUUUUUUUUUUUUUUUUUUUUUUUUUUUUUUUUAAAAUCUGUUCCCUUUGCCCUUUAAACUGCAGAUUUUAUUUUUUUUUUGGAGGUGGGGGAUUUGUUUGUCCCUUUCUGAUUAAAGAUUGAGUGGAAUUCUAGAUGUGGUCACUUUUGUGUCAUAAUUUUUUUUGACCCCCUGAGUGUAUGCUUAGUUGUUGAGUAUAUAUUUGGGACCAUUAAAAUUUUUUGAUGUAA